GAUCUGCCGUGGGAUGAGCUUGAGGUGGAGGAUGUGCAGGUGCUCCCGGACGAGGUUCUCGGGCGUCAGUGCAGAACUUGCUCUCCUUCCGGGCCCUUCGAGAUCAAGAAGAAGAGCUACUUCAUGUGGAUGCUCAUCGGCCACCUCAACAACAACGGA